UACAUAGCCGGAGUUAAAUUACAAGAAGUAGCUAGAAUGGAAAACGACGACCUAAAAGUAAAAAGAUUAAGUGAUCCCAAAGUGAAAGAAGUCGAAAUACUAUAAUUCGAAGCUUCUCAUCUCUCCUUAUUCUUGUUCAACUAUAAACCCCUUCUUCUAAAAUAACUUGUCCAUUGAUGGUUCUUUUUGUUAUACGGGCAGCCCUUCAAAUUCAUUUUUACUUCACUUGUCUGUUUGGAGGAAAUGUUUGAUAUAUUCUUUGGCUGGAGAAAAGCUUCUAAAUGUAAGAAUUUGAUUAAAAGAGUUCAGUGUCGGCUUAAGCUGCUGAAGAACAAGAGAAGUUGCAUUAUCAGGCAGCUGAGGGAUGAUUUAUCUGACCUACUUAGAAAUGGGCAUUACCAAAUUGUUACUGAGAGAGUUGAACAGCUAUUUAUGGAUGAAAAAAUGGUGGCAGUGUAUGACUUAUUGGAGAAUUACUGUGAAUUUAUAAUCCAUAACCUUCCGUAUAUUCGCAGACACAAGGACUGUCCCAAUGACAUCAAUGAAGCAGUGUCGAGUCUCAUAUUUGCAUCAGCAAGACUUGGUGAAUUGCCCGAGCUUGUGAUGAUUCGGAAGCUCUUUCGCGAACGUUAUGGCCAGAAUUUUGAAACAUGUGCCCUUCAAUUACUCCCUGGAAAUCUUGUCAGCCUUCAGGUAAAGGACAAUUUAUGCACAAACUGUGUAUCAGAUGAAGAGAAAUAUAGAUUGGUGGAUGAAAUUGCAAGGAUUUGUUUUCAGCAAGGACCUUUACUUCUUGAAUACAGACACGAUGAGCUGGUAAAUGAAACAAGUAAUGCAGCAGCUGAUUACAACGACAACAUUACAAAGACAGAAGCAUAUAUAGUAAAUGCUGAUUAUUCAUCUAAGAGCAACAAUGUUAUCGAAGAUCCUUCCAUUUCUCGCCAAGAACGGAUUCCUACUGCAACUUCAACAUGCCUUUCAACAACUAACAAAGAUUCAGUGCACUACUUGAAAAACAAUGGUAACGAAAGAGUUCAAGAUUCUGCUCAGCCAGGCUAUUUAUCCCAAUCCACAAUUUCAAGUCCUGAACGUGUAACAAGAAGGGAUAUCGGGAAAAUUAGUGGCUUUACUUUAAAUAAAAACAUUGAGAGAAGAGAUUCAGCUGAAUCGCAGCAGAUGAUAUACCUAGAUGACAUUCAAGAGUUUGAGUCUGUUGUGAGCAAAGAUGUGAGAUUCCAGGAUCAGAGGCUAUUCAUGUUCAAAGCCCCUAUUGCUCCCUUGAGUCUAAAGAUAGAUACUGGAAGCAAUUUUGAGGCGCAGAUUGCAAAAGAACGACCAAGAAGCUCGAGGAAGAAUAACAAGAUAUCUGGAAAAAGAAUAAGAAGGAGAUCACUAUCCAUUGAGAAGAGCUUUGUCUCAGACACUGAUAGCACAAUAUACUACGGUGACUUAAGUGAGAGUUCUCGAGAUAGCACACCAAAACGCCAAAACAGGCGAAGAAAUUCGAGGAAGAGUUCUGUUGAGGAAAGUCAGAAGUCCAAUUAUACAUUCGCACAUGACAACCAAGAUCAACCUUGCUAUGUGAAAUUCAGAAGCUUAUUGACUUUUGUCAAGCGCAGUGAUGAUCAUUCGAGAUCAACCUGCAAUUUGAGGUGCAAUGGGCCAAUGGAAAAUCGCUGCAGUUUGGAACAUCCAUCUUAUUACUGGAUUACUAAUGUAAAAGAUAGCGGGGGAUCUCCUUUUCGCGUUCCAAGGAGAAGAGUCGAAGCUGCAAAGAAUUUUAGUAAACAUAGUCUCAAGGAAAGAAAACAAGGAUUUUAUCAAUGCCAAUGUUCCUGCAGCCAGGAUCAACAUAUCGUUGGCGAUGGAUUAGCACUUCCACCACAGAUAGCAAAAACAAGUCAAGAUGUUGGACUAAUGAGGGAUGAGUUUGUAAAACCUGAUACUGAGGAAGUAUGGGAAAGCCGAGAAACUUGUUCUUCAAUUAUGUCCUCAACUUCAAGAAUGGCAGAUCAAUGUGCAAGAAAAGAAAAUCAGAAUCCUUAUUUGAGGGCAACGACUAUGCCUCCUGAAAGGCCUAAAGAUAGUAUCAUAGAUAACUUUAUACGGUCAAACUCCUUCCCAGUUCAGGAGCCUGGAAAUGGAUUAUCUGAAAAUAGCCAUGUCCAUCCGAAGCUACCAGACUACGACGAAAUAGCGGUUAAGUUCAUGGCUCUCAAGAAAGAGAAACUACAAAACAAAUGCUAGCAUUACAUCAAUAUGGCCAUCUUUACUCUAGCUGGAACAAAUUAUGCUUGAGUUAUUUUUUUCUAUUCCUUGUUCAUAGAAUAGCAGAGUCAUACUUGCAUAUUAAUUGGAUAUUCCUUUUGUGUGCGCGCGCGCACGUGUAUGUUUUGGUGAAUUUAUGGAAGUCCUGGAGUGAAAUGAGUAAUGCUUUGAUGAAA